AGCUUCGGUCUUUAGCGGAUAAAUAAAUAGCCAUAAUAACCAUAACGAUGAGGAUGAUGGUGAAGAGACUACUCCAAGGAAGGCAUCGAGUAUCGUCAUCAUCCAUUGCGCUGCACCUUCUUCUUCCCCAAGCCACAAUCAAUGACUCCUCCACGCGACGAAGCAACGACCCUUCUCGCCCAAGUCUUCUCUUCCCUUGUCCGCACAGUUGCGCCAUUAAAUGACCUCGCGCCCCCUUCCCCACUGGAAACCAACUCGCACGCGCGCUCUAUUAAAACCCCUUCCCUCGCACGGCCGUACCGCCAACCGAUCGCGGUGGACAUGGAGUCGACCUGCUGUUUCUCGCUCUUGAGGACUCUCGUCCUGCUUCUUCUGCUGUGCGUGGCAGCGGCGGCGACACUUGAUCCGGCGGACUUCUUGGAGCUGCAGGCGGUGCGCAAGCAGCUGGAGGACAUGCCCGGCUCGCACUUCUUCUCCGCGUGGGACUUCACCGCCGACCCCUGUGAGUUCCCGGGCGUGUUCUGCGCUAGCGGCCGCGUGGUGGCGCUCGCCCUCGGAGAACCCCGCGCCGGCUCCCCUGGUCUGCGAGGCAGGCUGGACCCUGCUCUCGGCCGUUUGUCGGCUUUGUCCGAGCUCUCCCUGGUCCCCGGUCGUGUCGCUGGCCCCGUUCCCGACGGCCUCGCGCGCUGCCGCGACCUCCGUUUCCUCGCCCUCAGCAAGAACCUCCUCUCCGGCCGUAUCCCCGCCGGCCUUGCCUCGCUGCCCCGGCUCCGCACCCUCGAUCUCAGCUAUAACCGACUCUCCGGCCCUCUGCCUCCAGCCCUGGCCGACGCUCCCGUUCUCUCCAACAUUGUCCUCUGCCAUAACCAGCUAUCCGGCCACCUCCCCCGCUUCCGCGACUCCGCUCCCCUCCUCCGCCUCGACCUCAAGCGCAACAACCUCUCAGGCUCGCUCCCCCCGCUGCCGCCCUCCCUCCACUACCUCGCGCUCGGCUCCAACUCCCUCACCGGCCGCGUCGACGCCGUGCUCCCCCGCCUCAACCGGCUCAACUUCCUCGACCUCAGCUCCAAUCUGUUCUCCGGCCCCAUCCCCGCUUCCGUGUUCGGCUUCCCGCUCGAGACGCUCCAGCUGCAGCGCAACGCCUUCGCAGGUCCCUUGACGCCCAGGGGGGACGUGGCCGUCGCGGUGGUGGACCUGAGCUACAACCGGUUCUCAGGGUCUGUGCCGCCGCAGCUGGCAUCCGCCGGCCGCCUCUACCUCAACAACAACCGGUUAACCGGAGUGGUCCCCGCCCGCUUGAUUCAUGGCCUCAGCGGCAGGCUGCAGCUGCUAUACCUCCAGCACAACUUCCUCACCGGCAUCGAGAUCUCUCCCGCAGUGGCUGCCAUCCCCCUCGGCGCUGCGCUCUGCUUGCAGUACAACUGCAUGGUGCCGCCCUUCCAGACCCCUUGCCCACUCAAAGCCGGUGCUCAGGGGAUGCGCCCGGCCGACCAAUGCCCCCAGUGGAGAAGCUGACCGGCCACUGUAAGGUUACGAUCGACGGAGAACAAGCAGCCUAAGAAAUCAGCAUCGACGAAGUACAAGGGAAAGCUUUUUUUUCUUCAAUAAUAAAAUAAAAAUUUUCAAUGAGUAGAUUCUUUAAUUAGUUCCAGUUUUGGGGAGGAAGAAGGAUCAGAAGCUAAAAGACAAGCUUAUAUAUGUGCAUAUCCACAAAAAUCUAUGGAAUUUUAAUGUAUCAAUAACAGGAAGCAAUUGCUGAGAUCUUUUCAGUGUAGUUGCACUUCUUUCAUUCAAUAUAAA